AAGCUUCUUUACUGCAGCACAGGAAGCAAGAUGGCGGCAACAGACGGAGAAAGAAACAAACUGGAGUUCUCUCUGGACGUCCCCUUCCCGUCCUCUCGUGAGGCCGCCAUCGCUCUGCGCUCUCUGUCGCCGGACCGAGAGCCGAGGAAAGGCGGAAUCAGCAAACAGCUGACGGUGUCCGACAGCACGCUGUCCGUGAGGUGGAGCGCAGACGAAGCCCGGAUCCUCAGAGUGUCUGUGAACUCGUUUCUGGAUCAUCUGUCGCUCGUUAUGGAGACGAUGGAGAUGUUCGGCCCCCGGUGCCCCCCCCAGUGACCCCCCUCCAACCAGUGGAAGUGGAUUCAUCCUGAAAUAAAGCGUCUCUGUUAGUGUUUCCAACAAUCACCAACUCUGGUUUGGUGGAAAUAAAUCCUUAAUUCACCGACGUAGAUGAUAAAAACAGCAGUUUCAGUCGGAGCAGACCGGCUAUGGAAACAAACCACAGAGAGGCUGCGAUACAACACAGGCAGAGGGAGAGAGACACCAUGUGACUCGUAUAUAGAGAAUAUAAUGUUAGCUGAUGUAUUAAUGUUUAUUAUCGUCCUUCAAUCUGCUCAUAACAACAAUAUAAUGCAUCAUAAAGUGUUUAUUAUGUGACGGCUCUGAAGGAAACAGUAAGAAGUUAAAUGAAUUAUAAUUGUUGUUUGCUGUACAGAGUUUGUUUUAUUAAAGAUUAAGUUGUUAAAUAAAUAAUAAA